AUGGCUCUGGGUAUCUUGGGCCCAGAAUUCCCUCUCACCUAUGCUGCGGGUCAAUGGAGUCGAGCGAAACAAUCCGUUGUGUCGUUCAAGGCGUAUAAUCACAAGGACUGGCAUAUGCGGCAGGCAUUCUUUGCCGACAUGGGCGGUUUCAUGUUUCACGCUCGCGACGGCGACCCUUUCCCUCUUAACGCAACUCAACUUCACUGGCUCGUCGUCAACAAAUUUGUGGAAUACCCCGCCAUUACCAGCAGAGAAAUCUGGGACAAGUCGAAGCAAGAUACAUUCACCAAAGUUGUCACUGCCUUUCAAAUUGCAUAUCUGAUCAUACAGUGCGUUGCUCGCGCUAUCCAAGGACUGGCGAUCACCACUUUAGAGUUAAAUGCACUUGCCAUUGUCGUCUGCUCUCUCAUGACAUCUUGUUUCUGGCUUCAUAAACCAGCAGAUAUCCAAACACCCAUCCACAUCCAUUCCUCUUUCUCUCUUGCCGAGAUCACGCUCCUUCGCGAAUGGAGCCUGACGCCUCUAGACUUUAUCGAUGAGAAUGGCCCUGGAUAUUCCGUCAAUGUGCAACCUUUUAUGAAGAUGCCGGUCAUUCCGGCACAGAGGCCCAUUCAACGGAUUCCCAAUGACAGAUUUCCAACGAAUCCAUAUGGCAUACAAGAAUACUUUUUAUGCUUUGCAACCUUGCUUUUUACAGCCAUUCAUGUCGCCGGCUGGAGUUUUCGUUUCCCUAGCCGGACCGAGCAGGUUCUCUGGCGUACUUGUUCGCUUCUGCUUUUCGGCAUUACUGCUGCAUUUUGGGUCUUUGAGACCGCGGCAUCAUGGGCUCGUUUGGGCCGGUGGAGAACCAUAUAUCUAUGCAUCUUCAACCGAAAAGCCUUGGCAGAACACAAGAUUCGCAUGGCCAGAAGGUCUGCCACAAUGAGGCGACGAUCCAACCAAUUACCAGUACCCUGGGAGUUUGCAACGAUCACACCGUUGGCGAUUAUAUACGGGGUGGCACGGUUCUACCUGAUCGCAGAAGCGUUCGCAGAGUUGAGAGACGUGCCAGGGACAGCAUAUCUCAAUAUACAAUGGACGAACUUCCUUCCACAUGUAUAA